ACAGACGCCAGCAGCAGAGUCAGAGCAGAAGGAGCCCCUCAGCUCAGCUCUGCUCUGCUCUGUGACCACUGAGCUGCUGCUGCUGCUGCUGCCGCUGCUGCUGCUCUCUCCUCACUCACUCACUCACUCAGAGACAGAGACACAGACCUGGAUCCACCGGUGUCAGCGCUUCUGCUGCGGGACUAACGCAGUUGGACCAUUACUUUAUCUGAACAAGUGACUCAGUGGCGCUUGUGGAGCAAACACACAGAGCACCAUACCUGUCGCCUCUUUCUUCACUGAGGGAUGCACCGGUGUCGAAGCUGGAGUCACUGAACCUCAUCACAGAAGCCGGACUCGUCUCUUGCUGCUGGGAAUGAUUGACUUUUCACUGAGUUUUAGUGUCGUUUAACUCAGCUGAAGUGUGUCAGUGUGAUGAUGAUGAUGAUGAUGAUGAAGAAGAAGUUGUUAUUAUUGAUACUGUGUCCCUGCAGCUGAGUGUAAAGUGUCUGUUUGAUCCUGAAGUGCUGCCAUCCUGUUCAUGUAGUGUUUCCAUUAUUUAGUCCAGCAGCAGCUGUAGUUGCACUGCAGCCAGUCUGUUCUCUAUGUGUGUGUGUGUGUGUAGCAGUGUGGGUUAUUCACAGUGCUGCUAUGCAGACUGACUGGAGCCACGCUCAGACAGCUCCACUGUAACCCUGAGUCUGAGGCACAGGCCAGAGCUGCUCACACACAGAAAGACACUUUUAACAGCUGAGGAAAAAGCUUUCAGUGGGACGACUUGUGUGGAAUAGCAGAUGUUACACAGCUUUGUGUACUAAUGUGGAUUAUUCAGGAUGCUGCUAUGCAGACAGAGUGGAGCCACAGUAAACCUGCUGGUGUGCGGCCUCUGUCAGUGCAGCUGAGCAGCUUGUGUUUCACAGUUGGCAGCUGAAGUAUCUGGCUGGAAGGAAGGAAGAGUCUUCACACAGUGAAGAUAGGACAUAAGUGAUUAAGAUUGUGCAUCUAUUAAACGUUUGGCACAGUCUGGGACCAAAACAGACCCACUUGAAUUUGGCUUGACUGUAUUGUUGCUGGUGAAACCUACAGCAGGUGAACCUGUAGAAGGAUGACGCUCACGCUUAUGUGACAUUUUGAAACAUUGUGUCAGAGCUUGGUUUCACUUCAGCUGAAAUUAGAUUGUGUUGUUGGAUUACAUUUAACUCGGGCUGGUUAGUCAAACUAAUUGUUGGAAAAUGAAGAACCCCCACCAGCUGAGUGAUACAUGGAAUGGAUCUCUGAACAAAGAGCCAGUGCUGAUCUCUGUGCCAGGCACGAACAAGAAGUUCAAGAGGAAGUCCCGGGAGCCGAAAAAGCUUUUCAGCAGCUCUGAGUCGGACAGGAUGAAAAACUAUCGAGCGGACAUGUCAGAUGACGAUCAAGCAGAUGACACUGAGGCGCGUGGUUUCGGCAGGUUGGGUCCCUUGCAGAGACAGCUGAUGAUGUCACAGGAGUCAACGGCCAGUGCCACAGGGAUCCUGUCCGGUCUAUCAGAAGGCAGCAUGGCUCCAGCUGAGAGUGGCGCCAUAGACAUGAGAAUUGGUAUUAACGUGCCAGCCAUCACUUCCAAACUGUCCCAGCUAGCUGCUCCUCCAUUCUCCAGCCCAGAGAUCUCCCACUGGCCCACAGCCAUCUCCCAGCCUCUGUCCAACAGACUCAAACUGGGCAUUCGAUCCACUUUCCCUCUGUCAACAUCCAGCAGCAGCAGCCACAGCCUGUCACCCAGUCACCAGGCCUUCUCCAUGGAGCCUUCUCUGUCAGGACAGGCUGCAUCGCUGUCUGUCCCCAGAACUUCCCACACCUCCCAGUGUCUAGACCACUUGGAGCUCCAGGCGCAGUCACCUCAGGACUCUCCUCAGAAGAGGCCCGGGACAAGCGCUGAUGGACCUGGGCGUCUUCCGGAGGUCAAAGCCGUCCAGCAGACUAGGAGACUUCUGGCCAACGCCAGGGAGAGGACCCGUGUCCACACCAUCAGCGCUGCGUUCGAGGCCCUGAGGAAGCAGGUACCGUGUUACUCCUAUGGGCAGAAGCUUUCCAAGCUGGCUAUAUUACGGAUCGCCUGUAACUACAUCCUAUCUCUGGCUCAGUUGGCUGAGCUGGACUACAGUUCAGAGCACGGCAGUGUGAGCUUCUCUCAGUGCGUGGAACAGUGUACCAGGACUCUGCAGGCCGAGGGCAGGAGCAAGAAGAGGAAGGUUGGGAGGAUGCCGGAGGACGUGUGAUGUGGUCCCACUAAGUUUGGCGGGAUCUCCUGCUCUUAUGGACGCAGCUCCAUCAGUCCAUCAUCACACAGUCAGCCUCAGGCUCAGAUCAGCUGCUGCACAGAGACGAAAAAAUGACGUUCAUUUGAGCGUGAAGACAUGUUUCCAUGGAGAACGUCAAAGCUCAACACAGUGACAAGUGACAUAAAAAAGAUAAACACUCUAUGUAGACGGACCAAAUCUAACACAGAUUAACAGAAACAAAAAAACAUGUGUGGAUGGAACUGGCGUCUGGUGAUAAUGAUGACGAUAACUAACUGUAGACUUUGUACUUCAGAAACUUCAGUGCUGACGUGUGGACUUAUGCAUAACCUGAGUAUUCUUCUCUCAAAAAUAUUAGACAUGAUGACUGUGUUUACAUGCAGCUACACUUUCUACACUGAAAUGUUUUGACUUUGAUACUGUUGUAUAUUACUAAGAAGUAUUAGUGUGCAUCUCGGUUCUUGAUUGAAGUGUGAACCUUUAAGUGCCAAAAUGAUGUUUAAACAGAACUUCAUAGUCUCGCUAAAUCCACUCAAGUCCCAAACACCCAGAGCACUGACGCACACGUGUCACCUGCAGCUCCAUUACAGAUCUUUCCAGUAGCUUUUCUUACAUCCAUCUCACAUUUCUCUGCUUUUACUCGUAACAUGGAGCCAGGACGUCUUCGGACAUCAUUUUUCGCUCAGACUUUAACUUUGCCUAAAAGGGGAUUCAUGUACCACAGUGACCUUCAGCAUGUAAAACGUGUACCGCAAUUCCAACUCCAAACAUUGUAAAGUGUGGUUGCCAUGGUUUUUGAAACACAGAGCUGCACUUAAACGCAGCGUUACACUGCGUUCCUGCACAUACACAGGAAUCUGUCCCAUUAUCUGUCUUUGUUCUUCUUUCUUUUUUUCAGUAACAGGUGGAAUAUAAAUGUGAUCUGAGCAACACCAGAGAAUUAUCACAUGGUGAGAAAAGGCAACAAUAAUGAGCUUUAAACCAUUAUAUUUGUCAAAUACCCACCAACAAUGAUUGUGAAAUAGAGAGGCAGACUAUGAGGUUAUGUUGGCUGUAGCCAGACCCGGUGCUUUGGGUGGGCCUGAGGGUGCCAAGCCCCCCCAUGGAGUUUAUGUAUGAAGAUUGUAUUGUCACUCAGAUUUCCUGGAGGUCAGUGAAUGCAUCUUGAUGGUCAGCAUGGUUGAGGUGUGUCAGUCACCUGAGGGCUCUGUGAUUAGCAGGAAAUUAAGAGGGAACAUCUGUGUGUUUACUGAUACUGAUACUGUGUAUGACAGGCAGUUACAGCUGUGGAUCAGACCAAUCGCCUCACGUUUCACUUUUUAGUGAGAAGGGUUUUCAUGUCAUUAGAACUCCUGGAAGGACAGAAACAUCUGCUACCGGUCAGUACCAGCCACCAUCAUGCUCUAAAUGAUGCUCCUUCUGCCUGCACUUACCACGGCCGGGACGACAGUUGCAGCCGAAUCAGCUCAGAGAAAGUGAACUUCCUUCAGAUGAUGGGAAUGGAUAUUGUGCAACAUGUUGACUGCAUUCAGUGGUGACUGCAAGCUGUGCACACUGUGCUACUGCAAUGAAAAAUGCUGAAAACGUGUGAAAAGACUUAACUCGUGUUUUAUUACUCUGCUCGUGUCACCUGCCGUGGUGUAAAUGACGCACACAGUAUGACUGACUUCUUACUCUGUAUGUUUUGUUUUAUUAAAGGUAGUUCAUAAAAAGCCGUUUAAUUUGUUUUGCUAUAAUUAGAAAAUCAAUUGCCCAUCCAUGAGUUGGACUCUGGUGCUGCAGCUUUGUUUGGAGAAAAUGAUUCACUCUAGCAUGUCUUGUCUUCAGUUUCCUCUCUGCUGUCAGGAAAUCUUCAUUUUCAUGCAUCUCCACUGCAGGCCCUUGUUUUUCUUGACCUCCAGGUAAAAUGUUUUUGAGAGGAGUAGUGAGACUUUUUAUGGUUGGGCAUGUGAGGCACUGCAGCUGCAGCUCACUGUGGAGACUUCUGGCAACAUGGCUGUGUAAGGUUAUGAGCUGCAUUAUUGAUGGCUGGCAGUAGGUGGUGCAACAUAGUAAAACAAUAAAAGAGUUAAAAUGGCAAAUAAAUAGGUUGAAUAUACUGGCUGCACCAUUAAUAAAGGUGGUAUUUCAAUCUAACAUUAACAUCCCUGUGUUCCCACAGGUGGAGAGAUGCUUUGUCUUUCAGUCUGGGUAAAUAAUGUGACUGUUUCCUGUUUCCUGUUGCCUCUUUAUGCCAAUCAUGGUGUAAGUACAAUGCCUGGCCAAAAAAAACUCACCACCUAAGAAAAGGGUCACAUCGUUGGACCGCCUUUAGCUUUGAUUACUCACUCAUUCACUGUGUGGCAUUGUUUCCAUAAGCUACUGCAAUGUCACAAGACUUAUUUCCGUCAGUGUUGCAUUCAUUUUUCACCAAGAUCUUGUAUUGAUGAUGGAAGAGUCAGAUCACUGUGCAAAGCCUUCUCCAGCACAUGCCAAAGAUUCUCAAUGGAGUUAAGGUCUGGACUCUGUGGUGGCCAAUCCAUGUGUGAAAAUGAUGUCUCAUGCUCCCUGAACCACUCUUUCACAAUUUGAGCCUGAUGAAUCCUGGCAUUGUCAUCUUGGAAUAAGAAAAUGCAUUGAUGGAAUAAUCUGGUCCUUCAGUAUAUUCAGGUAGUCAGCUGACCUCAUUCUUGGGCACGUAAUGUUGCUGAACCGAGACCUGACCAACAGCAGCAACCCCUUAACUAUUUGCUUAGUUAAAUCCAGGUGGCGACUUUUUUUUUUGGCCAGGCAGUGACAUGGCUCAUGUUGAAGCAAAGCAGGGCCUUAAAGAUUUCACUUUCACUGAGAGGUGAAGGACUUAUUUAACACUCAUAGCAUUCAGUUGACUAGAGUGGGUGUCAGGUAACAAAUGUACUGCACAUAAAAUGUCAUGAACAAAAAUGAAAAUAAGUGUUUUCAUGUGAAUAAUUUUCAGAAUAAAAGUGAAAGUGAAAUAUU